GUUGGUGAAAAGCUGGGGAGGAUGGACGUGGAGAAAAGACAGGCUGUGGAGAAUGAAGACUAUGACCAGGCAAGGUUAAAGAAACAGCAGAUCGAUGAAUACAGACUACAGAUUUAUAAAGACCUCAAUCUCAAUGACUUGCUUGAAUUGCCUGGGAAUCGACAUCCACGUCCAAUAAACUUAGAACCUAUUCCCCGACCUAUUUCACCACCUGUUAAAGAUUUGCCUCGCACGCCACCUCGUUAUGAGGAGAGAACUCUACCUCUGAGAACAUUCCCUGUCAUUGACGAAUUCCCUCCAGAGGCUGAUCUAAACCAAGAGGCUGAAACUAUGUCUGAGGGUGACCUGAGAGAGGCGUCAACAGCCAUUGAUGUUUUUGGCCUUGCUCUGGUUUCCAAAGCCUACUCUAAAACCUGGUCAUACAGAGAAGAUGCCCUGACUUCUGUUUAUCGCCAGAUGCAAGAAAUGCCUUCAGCUAACAAAGAGGAAUCUAAAUCUGUCUUGAGGGCAGCCAUAUUUUUGGUUAAACGUGGAAUUGAUGACAAAGUCUAUGCUGUGUUUAAAGCAGCUUUGGCUCUUCUCAGGAUGAUUUUAACAGAUUUUGUGGCCAGGCACAAAGUUGGAAAGGCUGAUAUCUCGUCUGCGGUGGAGACAAGUUUGUCCAAUCUCUUCCACAAAGCUGGAGACACUGCUGUCAGAAAUAGAGAAGAUGCCAAAAGUUUUGCCCUAGAAAUGGCCACUUUCCCUGAAGUUAAGCAAACCCAGACAGUACCUCAUGAAUUUGUGAAACCUUUCAAGAUGACCUUGGCUCCGAGACAUGCACAGAGUAGAUGUGAGCUCGUUGAGGCCCUGUACCAAAAGUUUGGCCUUAAGAACGGCCUCACUUUGGACAAUGUGAUGACCUUCAAUAUCCAGGCUUUACAGCACAAUGCUGGAGAGGUGAGGGAUGUAGCUGAGAGGCUUAUCAAACAGAUGUACCGAGAUCAUGGAGCACCAGUUAAAGACUACCUCCCUCCAGAUGAUGAAAAGACAAGAAAGAAUACACUGUGGAGACAAUUGUUUGAAUACUUUGAUGAAGUUGAUGGCAAGCCAUCCAAAACAGAGUUGAAGAAAUUGAAAGCUGGGGAGGAACUAAAGAAGCAAGCCGAAAUUGAAGAUCUACAGAAACAGCUUCAGCAACUACGAGAAAUCAAUGCAGGGAAACAUGCCAGAGGGAAAGAUGGAAGACAAAAAAAAGCUGACAUGAAACCGAAGAGCAAGGCAAAAAAUGCUAAAGAUGAUGAUGACCUGUCAGUGUUUACUGUAGACAACACAUGCAUCUUCUGUGGUGAAAAAAAUGAAAGUUUUACAGAGGAGGGUCUGGAUCUUCAUUACUGGAAAAACUGCCCAAUGCUGAAGCGCUGUGCCAACUGUAAACAGGUUGUGGAAAUAGCAACAUACACAGAUCACAUCCUGACAGAGUGUGAAACAAAGUCCAACUUCAGUAAAUGUCCUCGGUGCACAGAGGCCAUUGCAAGGUCAGAGUUUGACCAGCAUGUUGCAGACAAGGCCUGUAGUGCUGCCAAGCCUGGAUUGAAUCACUGCCCAUUGUGUCAUGAGAACAUUCCUUCUGGUGAAGACGGAUGGAAAGAACAUUUGAUGAGCAAGACAGGAUGCAAACAGAACCCUCGACGGUUGUUGGCUGUAAACAAACCAGCAGCUGGGACAUUAGCAAUAUCUCAUCUAACUACACCUAUGUCAUCAGGGGGCUUAUACAGGAAGCAAUGA